AUACACAAAUAAAGUCCUUGCUGUACAAUUCCCGGUCAAAGUGCACAGUAUGUAAUUGCUAGAACUUGAACUCUCGGGGGAUGGGAGAUACCAAUGUUUGAUUGUACAGGACUUCGAUACAUGUGUUGGUGCAAAUGUGUACUCAAUCUGUCUCACCUUAAUAUCAUUCUUUUGGUUGUGUAUUAUUUUCACUUCAGGAAGAAAGGACUUUUUGAAGUGUAACUGACAUCCUUAUAUGUAGGAAGAGGACUCACUAUGGAGGAAACAGAGAUUGAGAAAUUUGAUUGGUUUUGUGGUGAGAACGCAUCUUCUACGGAUAGCCUGUACCCUUUCUCUUGGGACCUAACCCACACCAUCUACAAUGCCUGUUUCACAGACCUCCUAGUGACAUGCUUACACGGUGUGUUCAUACUCCUCUUCUCUUUGGUCCUAAUCUUUGUCCGAUGCUGCAAUGCCAGAACAACCACCAAGCACCCCUAUGUCACCAGGUACCCCGGCCACGUUUUCCGCUGGUUCAUCUACGUGGCUUACAUGACAUUAUGCAUUUGCAAGGUAGGAGAAGGCGUCCUUACGGAUAUUCAGACCCUGAGUGAUCAAGAGACCUCACCACGGUUAUACGUGGCCCCAACUGCCGCUCUUGUCAUGUCCAUCCUGGCAGCGGUCUACUACCAUCAUAUGGAGUACUGGGAUGUUCCUUCCAUGAUAGUUCCUCAAGUCGUCUACUGGUUCUUGCUUCUUGCCGCUGAAUGUAUCAGAUUUGAGACCUUCUUCUACUACUAUCCUGAUGAGAUCACAUUCGGUACACUACGGUGGGACCUUAAUAUUGCAUCCAUAGCCCUUGUUGCUUUGAUAUGUCUUACUGAACUGCAUGCCAUCAGAAUUAAGAUACUGAAGUGGUGUACUAUAGAGGAAGGUUUCCCAGCUGAUCUCAAGGAUCCAAAGAUGAAUUACUAUGAGGGAUACUGUAACCUUCCAUCAUCUGUCUUCUUCUGGUGGCUCAAUUCUCUCUUUAAGAUGGGUUAUGAUAGCAUCCUAGAGAUCAAGGAUUUAGGAAAUCUCAACAAGACACACACUGUCCAUUAUAACGGUGGAAGGUUUGCCAAAGUACUUGCCGAAGAACAGGCCAAAGCUAAAGCAACGGGUAAGGAUAUGAACUUGUAUUGGGUGUACCUGAAGGCAUUCUACCCUGGUCUGAUUCGUGGAGGAAUCAUCAAGUUCUUUGGUGAUACCUCUUCGUUUCUCUCACCUUACCUGAUAUCUGGAGCUAUUGCCUAUGCCACUGCAAAUUCUUUCCCUGAUGCUGGGGACAAAGAACCACAAACUGACAAGUACAUUGACUGGUAUGACUUCUUCACCAAUGGCUUUGUUCUGGUUGUAGUCCUGUUUAUACAGUCUAUAUUUCAACGUCUUUGUAACCAGCACCAUUACCAUAAUGUGAUCAUGGAAUCUGCUCAUUCCAAAGCUGCACUCCAGGCUGCUGUAUACAGCAAGGCCCUACGACUAUCAAGCUACUCAAUGACUGGUGGAUCAAUGACCAUGGGACAGAUCACCAAUCACAUGUCAGUGGAUGCAACUAAUAUACUCAACUCUUUCCAAUGGAUACAUUACAUCUGGUCUAUACCCUACUUGGUGAUUGGGUAUCUCGUCAUUCUCUAUUUCCAGCUUGGCGUUGCCUCCCUGAUUGGAUCAAGUAUCUUUCUCUUUUCAAUACCUCUCCAGACAUUGAUUGCUAAGAAAACUGCCCAGUAUCAGAAAGGGGCCAUGACAUGUGCUGACAGUCGUCUGAAGCAGACCAAUGAAAUGCUGCAAGGAAUCAAGCUUAUUAAGUUAUAUGCAUGGGAAGACAUUUUUCUCUCAUCCAUUGGAGGAGCUCGUGCUGAUGAGAUCUGGCAGCUUGUUACUCAAAAUAUCUGGAAAGUCAUUCUAAAUGGUGUUUCAAAUUCUGCUCCAUUGUUGGUGAUGCUGACAUCCUACAGCUUAUACACGGUGUUAACAGGCCUGCCUCUGACCCCUGACAUCACGUUUGCUGCCCUCUCUGUCUUCAAUCAGAUGAGUCUACCUCUCUUCCUUUUACCCAUGAUAUUUACCUUCCACGUCAAUGCCGUGGUCAGCACUCGUCGCUUGUCUGUUUUCUUCACCGCUCCCGAGGUGGAGGAUAAGGAUGAUGGACGUAGGAAAGAGGAUGGGGAUUCUUACCAGACGAAUGGAACGCCCGACUUUCCAACAAACAGUACAGAGGUUCCUAACAGCAGAGUGGUCAACCCACGGAAAGAGGCAAGUAGAUCAUCUGGUAAAGAGGAUACAUACCGCCUCCUGAGAGAGAGUGAUGAUGAUCUUGCAUCAUCAUCAUAUGACAAUCCAGUUCACCGCUCACCUAUAAACUCCCCACAUGAAGAUGUUCUCUCUGGUGAUGUCAUUCUUAAGGUUACUGAUGGAAAUUUUACUUGGGACAAUACUUCAACAGCCCCUAUACUGUCUGGCAUACAGCUUGAGCUUCAUGCAGGUCAGCUGACAAUGAUCGUAGGUCAGGUGGGGUCUGGUAAAUCAUCAUUGUUGUCUGCAGUUCUUGGUGAGAUGACAACAUUACAGGGAGAGGUCAGGUGGAAUAGAGAGCAAAGCACCAUUGCCUAUGCAGCUCAAAAAGCUUGGUUGAUUAAUGCUAGCCUCAAGGAAAAUAUAGUCUUUGGAAAUCAGUUCUCAGCAGAUAGAUAUGAGAAAGUGAUCAAGGCCUGCUGUCUGCAGCCGGACAUUGAUAUUUUACCUGCUGGAGAUGAGACUGAGAUUGGUGAGAAGGGUAUCAACCUAAGUGGAGGUCAGAAGCAGAGAGUUAGUGUAGCCAGGGCUAUGUACAGCUACAACAAUGUGGUGAUUCUAGAUGAUCCAUUAUCAGCUCUGGAUGUUCAUGUUGGCAGUGAUAUGUUCUAUAAGGGUAUCAUGGAGUUCCUGAUUGAGAAUCAAAGAACUGUAAUCCUAGUUACACAUCAGAUACAGUAUCUAGAGCAUGCUGACCAGGUGAUCUACAUGAAAGAUGGCUUGAUAGGGCAUCAAGGAACAAUGAAAGAGAUUGGAGCCAAGGAUGCCAAUCUUAUGUCACUAUGGAAUGUUACAAUCAAAGAGAUCACAGAAUCCGAACCAGAGUCAGAAGAUGAAACCAAGACUGCAGAGGAGCGCAAGAAACUCAUCAGAUCGGUUUCUCAGACAGAAGAAGUCAAAAUGAAACAGGCAGGUAAAGAUAAGGAUUCAGGCAAGAUCAUUGAGAAGGAAGAACGUAUGUUGGGUUCUGUAUCCAUGAAGUAUUACUGGUACUACAUACAAGCAUUUGGUCCAUUUGCCUUCAUCGUCAUCUUCAUCUUGGCUCUAGCUCAGAAUGCUGCUCAGGCGGCUACAAACUUCUGGUUGUCUGCAUGGUCGGAUGCAGGAGCUAAUAUCACAGGGAAUGAUACAAAGAGUCAGUCUCAGGCAAUUCUUGAUAAAUAUCUUGGAGGUUAUGCUGGACUGAGUGUGGCUAAUAUUGUGAUUAGUUUGAUCUGGUCGACUAUACUCCUCAUCAAUGCUCUCUACACUGCCCGCAUUGUUCACAAUGUCAUGCUUCAACAAGUCAUCCACGCUCCACUUAGAUUCUUUGAUACAACUCCGAUCGGAAGAGUGUUAAAUCGGUUUGCAUCAGAUAUACAAGUCAUGGAUCAGAGGAUGGGUCAACUGUUGGUCCAGGCAAUCAAGUUCACUCUUGCAGCUAUUGCAGGAGUCAUAGUAAACACUAUCAUAUCCUGGUACUUUGUUGUGGCAAUCUUACCGGUAGCCAUCUUCUAUGUGCUCCUCAUGAAACUUUUCAUCAAAACAUCAAGAGAGUUGCAGAGACUUGAAAGCAUUAGUCGUUCACCAAUCUUUGCUUACUUCUCAGAAACUCUUGGAGGUUUACCUACAAUCAGGGCUUAUAGCCUGAAUAACCGAUUCCAGAGAAAUAUUCUGAGAAAGAUUGAGACUAAUAAUACAGCAUUCAUAUAUCUUCAGACUGGAAACAGAUGGCUAGGUGUGAGACUGGACACAAUUGGAGCUAUGGUUGUGUUUCUAGCCGGGAUGUCCAGUCUUGCAGCUUCUGCAAUCUCCCCAGAAACAUUUGGACCUAGUCUUGUGGGAUUGGCCAUUACCUAUGCCAUGUCUAUUGCUGGAUUGUUGAACUGGGUAAUCCGAUGUGCUGCAGAUUUAGAAAUGGCUAUGAAUGCAGUAGAAAGAAUUAAUUUCUAUUCAGAAAUUGAUAUAGAGGAUUAUGAUGGUUCUGUAAUACCAGCUUCAUCUUGGCCAGAUGAUGGACACAUUUUGUUUGAUAAUGUCUCGGCUCGCUAUGCUAGAGAGCUGGACCCUGUUCUAAAGAAGGUCUCUGUGCAUUUCAAAGCAGGUGAAAAGAUUGGAAUAUGUGGAAGAACGGGCAGUGGAAAGUCAUCUCUUACCCUCACCCUCUUCCGUAUAAUUGAUAUGUUUCAUGGUGAAAUUGUUAUAGAUGGAAUCAACAUAACUAGAAUACCACUGAAAGAGCUUCGAACUCGUUUGGCCAUCAUUCCUCAAGACCCAGUUUUAUUCACUGGUACUAUUAGAUUCAACUUAGAUCCAAUGGGAGAUAGAACGGAUGAUGAGGUCUGGCAAUCUCUCGAGAUUGCUCAACUCAAAGGUGUUGUGACAGAACUCAACUUAGGGCUUGACUCUAACAUCUCCGAAGGAGGUGAGAACUUCAGCGUCGGUCAAAGACAGCUUUUCUGCCUAGCGAGAGCUUUCCUUCGUAAGACAAAGAUUCUAGUGAUGGAUGAAGCUACUGCUUCCAUUGACUUUGAAACAGAUCGCAUUCUGCAGGAAGUUGUAGCAACUGCUUUCCAAGACAGAACCGUUCUUACAAUAGCACAUCGAGUUGCAACCAUUAUGGAUGCUGAUAGGAUCCUGGUCCUAGCAGAUGGUGUAAUUGAAGAGUAUGGAACGCCAGAGGCAUUACUAGCCAAGGAAAACGGAAUCUUUGCUUCCCUGGUCCAAAGUGGCAAAUAAUCCCAAUACAUAUAGCUUUCAUUCAAAGGGGGUGUUGCAAAAAAUGUAUUGCUAAAAAAUUUUAUUGUAAUUGAUUGCAAAUAUCAAUCACAUAAUUGUGAUUAAUGUGUCAUUAAAAAUUCAAUGAAUACUUACUGUUGUAAGAAGCAGACCAGCAUUCAAUUGCUAAUUUUGAGUAAUUGAAAAGACAUGACUUACAAUCGAAAGUUUUUUGCGACGCUCUCGUAUAGAAUAUACCAUAACGUAGAUCUUUGUCAUCAUGAUUAACCAUUCUUGUGACUUUGUUGCUUUAAAUCAUUCUAUAUGGAUUGUUAAACAAUCUUUAGAAUGUAGGUUAGGUGUAAUAUGUGAAUCUGAUGUUGAAUUGAUGAUUUGAUUGAUUGUGGGGCUUUGUUGUUACUUAUUUAGUGAUAUUCCAUUUCGGUUAUAAAGUAAUACCAUGUGUUCUGAACACAUAAAAUAGAUGUAUAAUAACGUAACAAUAAGACAGGUGUCAACGUAGGUCUACUGCAGAGUUAAAGGCAUCAUUCUUGUAUUUAAAAUGAAAGUUAGUACAUAUUUAUGUGAACAAGAUUUGAAAGUAGGUUAAAAAAAUCUAUAUGUUUAUGCUGCAUUCAUUUGGCAUAUUUGUGGAAUUUUAAAUUAUUAUAUUGAUCUAAUACUAAUGACAUCUCAUGUAAUGAAAAUGAUGUCAAGUGUUUCUACUUUUUUCCAUUCACAGGAAUUUAUUCCUUUGUAACAGAUGUUUUCCAUCACCCAGAGUGGAAUCAAGUUUUAUGAUCAAUAUAUAUAUAUACAUAUAUAUAUAUAUUAUUUUUUUUUUUUGGGGGGGGCUUCAAUUUUAAUUCAUGAAACUUUGUACCAAUAGAUUUCAUACAUUGCUUUGUAUAUUUGUAGUGUCACUGACGGGACUGGCGUGUCCCAAAGAUAGGUAGCUUUAUUUCAAUAUUGUAUUUUCCUAGUGUUUUCACAAAAGAUAGGUAUCAACAAGUUGUAAUCCACUUUCCAUGAAAGCUCAAGGCAGAGUGCAUUAACAACCUGGGACCAGUAAAACAAAGGUGUGCGUUGGAUAACAAAAUAUGUAAGUUAUUCUGGUUGGUUCCUUGAAAAUAUCUAGGAAAAAAUGUGUUUCUAACAAUGGUUUUGAGACUCUAGAUUGGACAUUGCAGUUUGGUAAUUGAGUGUUAACUUUUCUCUUCAUAGACAGUGUCUACAUUCGAGAAAUAUUCUUACAAAAGACAAACC